AUCAUCCUCUUAUAACAAGAGCAUCGUUUUGGUGUAGAUUGGGCAUCCUCCCUAUCCCGAUCCUCAUGACUACCGACUAGGGUUGUUCAUUUAGAGUUAUAGAGGGAUAAGGAUCACAUUAUGGCGAGAAACAAGAAAGACAGAGACAGCUGGGGGUCCUUCAGUGACAAGAAUGUGUAUGACUGGAGCUCAGAGGAGGAGGAGCCGGAUGGACGGGCCCGUCCCGUCCAGGUGCUGCUGGUCAAAGAUGAUCACACCUUCGAGCUGGACGAGGCGGCCCUGAGCCGCAUCCUGCUGGCAGAGGAGGUCAGGGACCGUGAGGUGGUGGCCAUCUCUGUGGCCGGGGCUUUCCGCAAGGGCAAGUCCUUCCUCAUGGACUUCAUGCUGCGCUACAUGUACAACCAUGCGUCUGAAGACUGGCUGGGCGAUCCGGAGGAGCCUCUGACCGGCUUCUCCUGGAGGGGCGGCUCAGAGAGGGAGACCACAGGAAUCCAGAUCUGGAGCGAGGUCUUCCUGGUGGACAAGCCAGAUGGAAGAAAGGUUGCUGUGCUGCUGAUGGACACCCAAGGCACCUUCGACAGCCAGUCGACCCUGAGGGAUUCAGCCACCGUGUUUGCAUUAAGCACCAUGAUAAGCUCCAUGCAGGUAUACAACAUCUCGCAGAAUGUACAGGAGGACGACCUUCAGCAUUUACAGCUUUUCACUGAGUAUGGAAGGCUAGCAAUGGAGGAGACUUUCCUCAAACCAUUCCAGUCCAUGAUUUUCCUCGUUCGAGAUUGGAGUUUUCCAUAUGAAUUUCCCUACGGACAGGAGGGAGGCAUGAAGUUCCUGGAGAAGAGGCUUAAGAUCUCAGAGAAUCAGCACGAGGAGCUGCAGAACGUGCGCAAACACAUCCACUCCUGCUUCACCAACAUCUCCUGUUUCCUGAUGCCUCACCCUGGCCUCAAAGUGGCCACUAACCCUCACUUCGAUGGAAGAAUCAAAGAGAUCGACAGCCAGUUCAUAAACAACCUGCAGGUUCUGGUGCCGUGGCUUCUGAGCCCGCGUAACCUCGAUGUGAAGGAGAUCAACGGCAGCAACAUCACCUGCCGAGGCCUGGUGGAGUACUUCAAGGCAUACAUCAAAAUUUACCAGGGAGAGGAGCUGCCACAUCCAAAAUCCAUGCUGCAGGCGACAGCAGAGGCGAAUAACCUUGCAGCAGUAGCAGCAGCAAAGGAUAUGUACAAUAAGAAGAUGGAGGAGGUCUGCGGGGGCGACCGGCCCUUCCUGGCCCCCAGCGAGCUGCAGGCCAGACACAGCGUCAUCAGAGAGGAGGCCCUGCAAGUUUUCCGGGGGGUGAAGAAGAUGGGAGGCGAGGAGUUCAGCCGCCGCUACCUGCAGCAGCUGGAGGCGGAAAUUGACGAGGUCUUCGUCCAGUACAUCAAGCACAAUGACUCCAAGAACAUCUUCCACGCAGCCCGCACACCGGCCACCCUGUUUGUGGUCAUCUUUGUCAUGUAUGUGGCUGCGGGCAUCACAGGCUUUGUGGGUGUGGACAUCAUUGCCAGUGUGUGUAACAUGAUCCUGGGCCUGGCGCUGAUCACCCUCUGCACCUGGGCCUACAUCCGGUACUCUGGCGAAUACCGAGAACUGGGCGCUGUCAUCGACCAGGUGGCCGGCGCACUGUGGGACCAGGGGAGCACGAAUGAGGCUCUCUACAAGCUGUACAAUGUAGCGGCCAAUCACAGGCACCUGUACCACCACGCCUUCCCCGGGCCUCAGGUGGAGGAGGUCGCCGAGGAACACAGCAGGAAGAGGGACUGAUAGCGGCGACGGGGACGGAGCAGGACACAGCAGAGCAGGGACCUCCUGGUGAGACAGUAGCAUGAUGGGAGAUGGACAGAGCUGGAAGGAGAGGCGGAGGGGAGGAACCCGCCCCCCUCUCGCUUAUCGGGCACUCUUUUAUUCUGGUAUUGGCUGGUACGGUCCACCAAUGCAUUCACUUGUUUAAAAGCUAAAUAUGGGACUAUGUAACGUUCAUAUAUAGGCAAUGCCAGGGCAUCCCCUCGGUGGAUGCAUGCUUUCAAGCGACGGUUGCCAUGUAUCAUCGUCUCUCUCUCACUUUGAUGUUUAUUUGUCUGUGAAAAAGAAACACCUGUACAGAUAAUAAGGCACUCUGCCAGAGACCUCGGCCAACACACGCUACAUCCAACCUCCAGUUCGGCCGCUGAAUCCCCAUCAGCCGGCUUUUUAUCAUUUGUCACCGAAGAUGAUUUGAAGUAUUGCCAAAUCCGUGCUCCAUUCGUGAUGAUUGUUCCGUUUUUUGAGGUUUAGUGCUGUUUAUUAAUGAGAAACAAUAUCUAUGCCAUGUUUUUUGAAAGCCAAAAUACGUACUGUAUGUUAGAUAAUGAGGCAUACACACAUACAUCAUCAGCAUGGUUAAAACAAAACAAAACAAAACAAGUGUCCGUCAUCUUAAGUUCUCAAAGCAGGUAUUCUUUCUUAAAAAAAAAAACAAAACGUAGAAGUUGAGAGUGUUUUGAGUUUUAAUGGUCGUGAAGUGGUGCUGUGCCAUAACAUGUAAAAAAAUAAAGAAAAAAAAGAAAAAAAAAAGAAGAAGAGGACAUCAGUAGCAACCGGGCUACAUGCGGACACUCGAUGGGCAUAGUGCACAUGUUUAUUAUUAGUUGUAUAUCUCUUUAUGUUUCGUUUCAGAGGUUGGGCCGGUGGUGUUACUUUUGUGUUCUGGAUCAGGGAAUAGAUUUGUGUGAAAUAAUAUUAGUCUCUGGGUGGUAAAGAAACACAGUAACAACGAUUCAAAGUUUACACAACACUGCUGACAUUAUCUCUCACCUCAUAGUCUGCUUGCACAGUUUUGUAAUGAUGCAGUGUAAACAGGUCCCGAUCGUCCUUUUAUAUGGGUUUGGCCUUUGAGGGUGGUGGUGGUGGGGGGGAAAUGUGUUUGGUUCCAUUGUAGUGUAGAGGUGGGCGAAACCAUUGUUGUGUUUCUCACUGAAUGUUCGAGCAAAUCCGUGGAAUGUAGCUAUUCUGUGGCCACUGAGGAAUCAAAACUAGAUGUCAUUAGGCGGGGCAUGGAGCCUGCUUUGGAAAGAGUCUUCAUACCAGAUUCUCUUCUCCUCAGCCUUACACACUUUUGUUUCUAUUUACGCAUCUGUGGAAACCAUUGCAUGGAGAAAGAGGCCAGUCUCGAAUCUGUGUUUCCAAAACAGCUUGCAUUUGUAAUCAAACGGCUUGUGUUGGUGACAGCACUUUUUUGUGUUUGAAUACUUGGGCUUAGUAGACUGUUACUGUACAUUUGUAUAACUGUGCUUGUUUUUUUUUUUUUUUUUUCGCUCACUGAAUAACCCAGGAUCAUAGAAAUGUCACUGUAAAACGCUUGCAUCACAUAGAACUGCAGCAUCAACAUGUAUUUUUUUUUUUUUUUAACAUGUUGAUCAUCUGCAGGACAGGAUUACUGUCAUGGAUACUUAGCAAGUUUAUCCUGAGGUUUGACCUUCAGGAAUUGAACUUUUUAACAAGGCACUGCGGCAGAGUGGCUUCUUGAGAGUCUUCCACAACAUAGAUCAACAUCAGAGAGGCCUUCGGACAAGGAAACAUCUCAGCCCAUGGCAACAUAAAUGGUGUUUUUCACGUCUCAUUUUCUAACGACUGCAAAUUGGAGUGUCGUCUGCAUUCAUAGCUCAAGUCAGUAGCAUACUUUUACGUGAUGUGUUGUUUUCACACUCCAAAUGAGUUAUGUAU